UUAAUGGAGAACUAUAGACAUAGUCGACCUGGUAUCACGUUUACUUCAAUCAAGAUGCUUAUCAAGAUGGCUAAAUUAGGAUUUCUCUCUGUCUUGAUUAUUUUCUUUCUCUACGUAAUCGGUUCAUUUGCAGCCGUUUAUCCACGCCAAAUUCCAAGAUUUAUUGGAAAUCAGGAGCUUCCAGAUGUUGAAAUUCCGAGACGACUCAGAGUCCCAAGAGGCAAUUUUUUCAAAUUUCAUUUAUUCGCUAGCGGAUAUUUAUGUUAUAGAUGUACUGAACGUCGUAGAUGGAAACUUGAUGAUGUUCGAGUAAUAUUCUUUAACCAUAGAAGAGAUGUCCUCCGUUAUCCCUUUUCAGGUGUGGCAUCAACUUAUGAAGUACAAGAUGGUCCUAUCGGCUUUAGAUCUAUUAUUCCACAAGAUACCUCAUCUUUAGAAUUUUCACUCAUUGCCGUCGUUCCAUCCCAUAAUCCGACAAGAAAUGCACCUCUGCAACUUUCUUUUGUUAAUGCAAGUGCAUUUAGCGAUAUUACUUAUAUCAUUCGUGCCGCAAAUAAUGGUGGAGCUCCUCCAGCGAAUUAUUUAU